AUUAAAAUCAGUAGUACAGUGGACCCCCGCAUAACGAUGGCAUCGCAUAGCGAUUUUUCCGCAUAACGAUUACUUUUAUCGCAAAAUUUUUGCCCCGCAUACCGAUUAAAAACCCGCAUACCGAUUUUCGUCCGAGACGCGUCCAAUGUGCCCUCAGCCAGCCUCACAUGUGCCGCUCCGUCCCAUUGUUUACCAGCCAGCCUCCGCGGUAACAUCCAAGCAUACACUCGGAAUAUUUCGUAUUAUUACAGUAUUUUCGGUGCUGUUUCUGGAAAAUAAGUGACCAUGGGCCCCAAGAAAGCUUCUAGUGCCAACCCUACACCUCAAAGGGUAAGAAUUACUAUAGAGAUGAAGAAAGAGAUAAUUGAUAAGUAUGAAAGUGGAGUGCGUAUAGCCGACCUAGUCAAGCUGUACAAGAAACCCCAAUCAACCAUCGCUACUAUUGUGGGCACCAGAAAGACAAUCAAGGAAGCUGUUCUUGCCAAAGGUUCAACUGUGUUUUCGAAACAAAGAUCGCAAUUGAUGGAAGAUGUUGAGAGACUCUUAUUGGUGUGGAUAAAUGAAAAACAGAUAGCAGGAGAUAGCGUCUCUCAAGCGAUCAUAUGUGAAAAGGCUAGGAAGUUGCAUGACGAUUUAAUUAAAAAAUGCCUGCAACUAGUGAUGAUGUGAGUGAAUUUAAGGCCAGCAAAGGUUGGUUUGAGAGAUUUAAGAAGCGUAGUGGCAUCCAUAGUGUGAUAAGGCAUGGUGAGGCUGCCAGUUCGGACCACAAAGCGGCUGAAAAAUAUGUGCAGGAAUUCAAGGAGUACAUAGAAACUGAAGGACUGAAACCUGAACAAGUGUUUAAUUGUGAUGAAACAGGCCUGUUCUGGAAGAAAAUGCCAAGCAGGACCUACAUUACUCAGGAGGAAAAGGCACUCCCAGGACAUAAGCCUAUGAAAGACAGGCUUACUUUGUUGAUGUGUGCCAAUGCUACUGGUGAUUGCAAAGUGAAGCCUUUAUUAGUGUAUCACUCUGAAACUCCCAGAGCGUUCAGGCAAAAGAAUGUCCUCAAGGAUAAUUUGUGUGUGCUGUGGAGGGCAAACAGUAAGGCAUGGGUCACUAGGGAAUUUUUCUAUAACUGGUUACACCAUGCAUUUGCCCCCAAUGUGAAAAAUUACCUAACUGAAAAGAAAUUAGAACUUAAGUGCCUCCUGGUGUUAGACAAUGCCCCUGGUCAUCCUACAGACGUGGCAGAGCGACUUUAUGGGGACAUGAGCUUCAUUAAGGUGAAGUUUUUGCCUCCUAAUACCACUCCUCUCCUGCAGCCCAUGGACCAGCAGGUUAUUUCCAACUUCAAGAAACUGUACACAAAAGCUCUGUUUGAAAGGUGCUUUGUAAUGACCUCAGAAACUCAACUGACUCUAAGAGAGUUUUGGAGAGAUCACUUUAAUAUCCUCAAUUGUGUAAACCUUAUAGGUAAGGCUUGGGAGGAAGUGACAAAGAGGACCUUGAACUCUGCUUGGAAGAAACUGUGGCCAGAAUGUGUAGACAAAAGGGAUUUUGAAGGGUUUGAGGCUAACCCUGAGAAUCCUGUGCCAGUUGAGGAAUCCAUUGUGGCAUUGGGAAAGUCCUUGGGGUUGGAGGUUAGUGGGGAGGAUGUGGAAGAGUUGGUGGAGGAGGACAAUGAAGAACUAACCACUGAUGAGCUGCUAGAUCAACUUCAACAGCAAGAGGCCACACCUGAGGAAAUUGCUUCGGAGGAGGGGAGAGAGAAAUUGAAGAAGUUGCCUACUUCAAAGAUUAAGGAAAUCUGUGCAAAGUGGCUUGAAGUGCAAACCUUCAUGGAUGAAAAUCACCCUCACACAGCUAUUGCAAGCCGUGCUGGUGAUUAUUACACUGACAAUGUUGUGAAACACUUUAGGCAAGUCAUAAAGGAACGAGAGGUACAGGCCACUAUGGACAGAUAUCUUGUGCGAAAGAAGUCCAGUGACUCUGAAGCUGGCCCUAGUGGCAUUAAAAGAAGAAGGGAAGUAACCCCAGAAAAGGACUUACUACCUCAAGUCCUAAUGGAAGGGGAUUCCCCUUCUAAACACUAACACACUCUCUCCCCUCCUCCCAUCCCAUCAAUCAUCACCAGAUCUUCAAUAAAAGUAAGUGUCAUUUAAUUGUGCAUGCCUUUUUCAGUUUGUGUGUAUUAAAAUUAACAUUUCAUGUGGUAAAAAAAAUUUUUUUUCAUACUUUUGGGCGUCUUGCACGGAUUAAUUUUAUUUCCAUUAUUUCUUAUGGGGAAAAUUCAUUCGCAUAACGAUUAUUUCGCAUAACGAUGAGCCCUCUUGCACGGAUUAAAAUCGUUAACCGGGGGUCCACUGUAUUUCAGUUUUGCCAAUUUCCUUCACAAAGCAAAAUUGGGACCUACACAGGCCAAAAUCAAUCAAAACUUCUUUGAGACUGGCCAGCAUUGAAAAAUUAAGCAAGCAAAGAAGAAGGCUGAGAGAAUAAACAGCAGGGUUAGAUGGCUACCACAAACUUGGCUAGCCUUGCGCAUUAGAGCAGGAUGCCCGUCCAUAUGAUGACAAUGAGUGAACGUGUUACAAUAGAGCUAAUGCUCAAUUGAGAGAGAACAUUCUAUAAGAGAAGUGUGUGCAGAAGCAGAGGGGGUGCCAUAGUUGAUGUAAGUCAGCACCAUUCAAGAAAGUGCCUAUGCCAACAAUAUGGCUGUUGGAGAGGAGAGCAAAGCAAGCAAGCAUAUCAAGAGAGCAGAAGCGAUGUAGAAUUACUCUUCUAAUGAAGCAUUACUGAGUACUCAGAGGAAAAUGAAUGAAAAAUAGCUAAGGCACUCUUGCAAACAACAGGGCCCCACACGAGGCAAUUGCUGAGGCCAAGGAUUUCUGAUUCACUGUACUAUAAAGGUGAUGCCAGCGAAAUAUCCAGGGAUUGACUUCCUUGGGUCAAAUCUCAACUGCCUUUUUUUUUUCCCCAGGCAUAUUAUGAUCUCUAUGGGUUUAGAACCUCCCCUUCCCAUAAAUGUACAUAUUACAUUCAUGGGGUAAGCACUAAACCUGCAGGGUUCAUACAGCACUGUAUGACCCUUAAGGGUUUAACAUGAUUGUAAUCAUACAGCACCUGGGGAAAUAGGAGGUAACCAGGUUUAAUCCAUAAAUAUAAUGAAGAUGAAUGGAGCAAGUGAAAUCUGUAUUUCUUUUUGAAUAUAGUUUAGUGUUUUGGUUAUGUGCACACCUCUAUAUGAUAGUAGUUAUAACUUUGAAAAAAAAUUUCAUUUGUGUACCUUGCCUACUGAACAGUCACAUUUUGUAACUACAGUACUACAUUCCAUAUAAAAUAUACUUGUGUAUUUUAACCCCAUAUAAUCUACACAAUCACAAAUUGACUAUAAUUUUCAAUAUAGUACUGUAAUUAUUAUAUUUGCUUUAGAAAAUUACAAUGGUUUUCUGUAAUAUUCCAAACUUCACUCAUCUUACAAAAAAAAAAAAAAGUUAUUGAAUAGUUAAUGUCUAUAUGUACUGUGUAAACACAAGGACUUAUGUCAUUGUCUACAUGAUCUUAACUCUUUUUGAUUGUGCACCACACUUUUUAUCAAUAUAUUAAUGUUUACAUCUAAUGUAAAACAUACCAAAAUUACUGUUACCUCUAUUCUCUCUUCAAAUGCAAUAACAUUAUACUGAACUGAUGCAAUAACCCGCACAAGAGACAAAGUUAUGAUGAGAGUUCAGUUUGACUUGGACCAUAAGUAGUCUUUAGUUGAUGGUCCAAGUUGGACUGAAAAGUCGUCAUAAAUUUUAACCUCCUGUGCGCAGGUUAUUUGAGUAUUGUGCCUUUUCAUUCUUCGUUAAAAUAAGAAAAAAGUAAAUUUACAAAAUAAUAUACAGUUCCUUGGCAAUUGACGCUGACCUUGGUCCCACAGUCACUAAUGAUUUCUCGAUUAAGGAGAAAAUCACUGAGCAUCUACUUAACAAUAAAUAACAAAAAGACUAAGGUGAAAACAAUGCAAACCUGACUAGCAAUACAGCAGUGAUACGGUAAUCAUGAACAGCCUCCAUACAAUGAGAACUUUCGGGUACAAUAAAGAUGAAAAAAAAGUGUGAAGUUUACAGGUGAAGAUGAUACAGUCCAGUGUUUGGAUUAAUGUGUUAUGAACAUUCAUUGAUGAAAGAAACUACCUAGGCAAAAAAAUGAAACGGGUCAAAAAAAACAAACAAA